UGUUUGCUGUGGGGGAACAGAGUGAUUGUACCGCAACGCUGGCGCGAAAAAGUGCUGAAAUCACUACACGAGGGCCAUCCCGGCAUGGUGCAUAUGAAGGCUCUGGCCCGGGGAUAUGUAUGGUGGCCUGGGAUGGAUGCUGACAUUGAAGAGUGGGUACGGGGGUGUACGCCAUGCCAGCAGGCGAGACCCGAACCGCCAACCGCCUUCCCACAGAAAUGGGAAUCGGCGGGGAAGCCUUGGUCGAGGCUGCACAUAGAUUUGGCGGGCCCAGUACAGGGUCAAAUGUUUUUGAUUGUAGUGGAUUCUUUUUCGAAAUGGUUGGAAGUGGCGCCAAUGUCUACCACCACUUCCACUGCUGUUAUAAAUGUGUUGCGCCGCUUAAUUGCCACGCAUGGGUUGCCUGAUGUCCUGGUAAGCGAUAACGGCGCUCAGUUCGUGUCGCAAGAGUUUGCUCAAUUCCUGGCUAACAAUGGCAUCAGGCAAAUUACGUCUGCCCCGUUCCACCCAGCAUCGAACGGGCAGGCAGAGCGAAUGGUCCGCACGACCAAGGAUGCGCUUGCCAAGCUAACAUCCGGGGAUUGGGGAGUGAAACUAGCGUCAUUCCUUCUACGGCAACACGUAACGCCGUGCUCUGCCACAGGCCGCAGCCCGGCCGAGCUAUUGAUGGGGCGACGCCUAGCGUCUUUGCUGGAUAGGCUGCAUCCA